AUGUUGGAACAAGAAAUACUCCUAAAGAAGCAAGAUGAAAGAAAUCAACAGAGAACAAAAUUAAUAGGUAUAACAUGUAAUAGAAAUUGGGUAGAUAUAGUCAGAACAGCUCUAGCAACAGACUCUAAUUUAUUACAAAUAUUCUUAGAAUAUAAAGAACCUAAAAGUACAUAUAAAAAUGAACAGAUGAAAAAAUACAUAAUGGUACAAAAUGGUGAACCAAAUUAUCAAGAAGAUGAUAAUAUCAUACAAGAAAAUAGAAAAAUUGGACUAAAAAUGAUAUUACAUACAUCAAUGGGAUUAUAUCUUAAUGAUCCAUUAUGGAAUGAUGGAAAAAGGCAUUAG